UUCAUCUUCGCCCCGUCUCCAUAUUCUUCGGCUUGCCCUAGCUGAUUCCACUCGCCGUCAGGUAGGUUUCUCUCCAAUUAAAUCAGUCUUCUGAAAUUCUUCAACGUUUUGCUGCCUCCGCUCGCCGUCAUCUCCUCCGGAUCUCUUCUCCAAUUAAUUUGGAUGCAUGAAGAUGAAUUCAACCGUUGAAACGUUGCAACCUCCGACCGUUCGGUGGCUGUAAGAUGACUGUCGCAUAUUCUCUUUCUCCCUUAUAUAUUAUUCUCACAUGUUUUUCCUUUAGCUCUUUUGUUUAUGGAUCUCUACUUCAGCGAACCUGUGAAUCUCGACACCAUUUUGGCUUCAAAUUUAGGAUUAUUUUCAUAACUUGUCCGCAUCUAACAUAUUGAGGUUGUGAUUGUUCCUGCUUUUUUACCAUCUACUUCUGGCCUCAGCCUGAGGUGCCGCUUACUGUUGGCGGCUUGCUGCAUUCAUUGGGCUUAGGAAAAUAUUCCAUCAACUUCCAGGCGGAGGAGAUUGACAUGGCAGCGCUAAGGCAAAUGGGAGACAGUGACCUGAAAGAGUUGGGGACACCCAUGGCUGGAACUUGGGAGGAAAAAAAUCUAAAUUCAUGGGCAAAUGGUAGAAUUAAGGAGCUUCUUAGUUCGAUGUCCUUGGAGUUUUCUAAAGGAAAAGCAGCUAUUGACGAAGUUACCAAAUGUUCAGGGGAUGCGUUUUUGAUCACGGUGCGGAACAAAAAAAGAGUUGGCUACACAUUUGAGUUGACAUUGAGAUUCGAAGGUGAGUGGUCAAUCAAAGAUCAAAAAGAAAAGAUCAAAGGCCAUGUAGAUAUUCCUGAAUUUUCAUUUGGUGAACUAGAUGACUUGAAGAUAGAGUCACGGAUUAGCAAUGACAUUUCUGCAGAGGUUAAGGCACAGAUUAGCGAGGACCUGCAGUCUUUCCUGGAACCAAUUCGCAAGAAACUUUCCCAGUUCGAGCAAGAACUGAAAGAUAGGUAGCAUAUUAACCAUGAUUAGUGCCCAAUUUUUUUUUUUAUAUUACGUCAUUUAUAUAAGCUUUGAAUUGUAUAAGAACCAGAAUUUUAAGCUAGCUUUGUUCAUUUAUGUGGGGAUGAACUCUGAACGAUGUAGACGUUAUGUACACUUGGCUUUUAAUUUGAGGACUAUUUUAACAUGCUGCAA